AUGUACACAGAUCUUGAAGGAAUACGAGUACGGGAAAUGGAAGCUAUUGCUGGGCCAAAUGAAUUUGCCGAAUUUUAUGCUCGUGUGAAAAUCCUCAAAGAUGCACAUCGGCGGAAUCCUGAUGAGGAAAUUGCUGAUCCUGAGCGCGAAGAAACAGAUAUGGUGCCGUUCACAGAUGAGGAGGGUUAUGGCAGGUUAGCUAUAAUAUUGAUUUCCUCAACUGUUCUUGUCAUAUAUUCUUUUCAGAUUUUUGGACAUGCAUACGCUUCAUGCAUUGUACCUCAAUCUGAAGGCUAUCACGGUAAGUGA